GUGUUUUGUUCGAUUUCGGUUGUUUUUUUCAGUUUUAAAGUUGGCACGAAGAAUUUAUAACGCACCGUAUACAAAAAAAUCGCACAAUUACCAAAGAUAUCCGGCUAAUAAUUAAAACCGGAAAGUGUCGGUUAAAUUCAUGCCUACAUCAUUAUAAACCAACACUGGAUGUGACCUAUUAAAGAAACAAUUGACUUUAACAGUAGUUCUAACCUAAGCACAAUGGCCAAAGCAGGAGCCAAGAAGAAGGGAAAUGCAUAUAAAAUGCCUGAUCCUAUCCCUGAGGGUGAGAUCUUGGGCUCCAAAUGGAAACUAGGUCCAUCGAUAGGUAUUGGAGGAUUCGGAGAGAUAUACACAGCACAAGAAGUUGGUGCCAAAGGCAAAACAUAUCCCUUUUGUAUUAAAAUAGAACCCCGUGAGAAUGGUCCAUUAUUUGUUGAGAUGCAUUACUAUUUAAGGAAUGCCAAGAAGGAUGAUAUUGAAGCAUUUAGAGAAUUAAAAGGAUGGAAACAUUUGGGAAUGCCAUGCUACAUAGGCUCUGGUUUAUAUGAAUUUAAAAGUAAGCAGUAUAGAUUUGUUGUUAUUGAGAGAUUUGACACUGAUAUUGGAAAAUUGUAUGUGACCAAUAAUAAAAUAUUUCCUACUGCCACUGCAUUUAACUUAGCAAUACAAAUAUUGCACGCCCUGGAAUAUGUUCAUAAUCGUGGUUAUACACAUGGAGAUAUUAAAGCAACGAACAUGUUAUUAAGUAAGAAGAAUAAGAAUGAAGUAUUCUUGGUUGAUUAUGGUUUGGCUGGUCAUUUUAGUACUUCCACAGAAUUUAAACCUGAUCCUAAGAAAAUGCAUAAUGGUACCAUAGAAUAUGUUAGCCGAGAUGGACACUUUGGAGUAUUGACGAGGCGGGGAGACAUUGAGAUUUUGGCAUACAAUUUAAUUCAUUGGUUGGGCGGUGUACUGCCCUGGGAAAGCGAAAGUUUGAAAGACCCCAAAGCAGUUCAAACUAGUAAAGAGAAGCACAUGAAUAACAUUCCUCAAUUCCUGAAAAGUAGUUUUGUUGGGACGAAAGCACCAAGCGAAGUUGCGGAAAUUCUAACUUAUAUUAACACCAUUAAAUUUAACGAAGAGCCAGAUUAUGAUCACAUUGAGAAAAUCCUAGUUCGUGGACUUACAGCAGCAGGCGCAACUAUAUCGACACCUUUGCAGUUCAGAGCUGGAAAGAGAAAAUCGACCAACGCGAGUCCUGUGAGCCCUAAAAAACGUAUGUCCGACGCUGAGUACAAAGAGAACAACACACCAAGGAAAACGAAAGCAAUGAAAAAAAUGUACGAAGAUGAUAUUCCAACAAAGGAAGUUGCAAAAAAGAAGGAAAAGCCACAGACGGGACGACGAAAGGCCACUAAGAUAACGAAGCAGGAGGAACCAAGUGAGAGCGAAGACGAGGAAGAAGAAUUACCGGCUGUUAGAACUACACGCAGGGGAAGGAAACCAGUGGAGAAAGUAGUGGUAGAAGAAGUGGAUGAUUGUACUGAAGAUGAAGUAGUGGAAGUCACGCCGAAGCGGAGAGGAAGAAAGCCUAAAGUGGUUACGAAAGCGGCGCCAGCAGUUGUGCCAAAACGGCGUGAAAGACGAGUUGCUACUGUAUCGACGGUUGAUGGAACCGAUGCUAAUCCUAAUUCAGAAAUGCUUCGAAUAAGGGAUAUGGCUAAUGGGAAGAAAGUGACCAAAAGGGCUACCAGAAAAAAAGCCAAUAAAAGACUGAACAAGAGUCUAGAUGUAGUUUCAGAAUGAUUGUUUUAACUAUUAUUAUUAUUUAUAUUUCACUAAUUUAUAUACA